AUGGGUUUUCUUGAAUCGUGGGAACAGAAGGGAGCCGACGCAAUUUCUGGAAAACGUGACAAAGGUCAUAAAAAGGACAUUGUUUCCUGCGACGGUGCGUGCAAGGCAGUGAUGGAAGCUGUAUUUUUUCCAGUUCGUGGGCACGCAGAGGUACGCGUGGAGUUACAAAUGGAGCGGUGGGCGGCGCGCGGCGGCGCGGUGCGACUGCGGUGCGUGCACGACGUGCCGGCCCAUCUGCUUGACAAAGUGGUCUUCCUCCGGCACGGCACCAAAAUCUUCCAGUACAUUAGAGACAGGAAACCGCCUUAUAGAAACUUUACUACCCCCGGAGCCGUGCUCAACGAGGCGAAUACUACGGAAAACUCUAUAAUCCUGCAGAACUUGGAUUUCGCAGCGAGUGGCAGCUACUCGUGCGAGGUGUCACUCGACACACCUAUCUUCACCAAAGCCUCAACAGAAAAACAACUCACAGUUUUCCAUCCUCAGAAGCAUCAUCCCAGGAUCGACUUCCCCACGCGUUACCUGAGCUUCGGGGAGACCCUGCGCGCCAACUGCACCACAGCACCCGCACUGCCCGCCCCUCACAUAACAUGGUUCAUCAAUGGAAGAAAGAUGGACGAGUUAGUGGCCCACUCACACAAGUUCCGCGUGCCCAUGAGCGAGCGCAAUGGUCGCCGAGGCUUGCAGAGGACCUUCGAAUACGAGGCCGGGUUCAGCAGCCCUCCCCCUCUGUUGACUCUCACUCACGCCUCCCACGUCGCCACCAGACCACCCGGCUGCAGUUUGAAGGAAACUCAGAUGGCUGAAAUAAAAGAACACGAAGAGCUGAACGUGAUCCACAUGAGCAGUCGACACAAGAGCCGUAAGCCUGGCAAGAGAGACCUCUACGUCACCGUGUCAGAACUGCAGAUAGUAGCCACGGGAAGACUUGAGAUCACCUGCGUCAGCACGAUACCAGAGUUUAGGAGUAUCGAAGAUAAGUUCGCUGAUGUUAGAAAUGAUACCGUUAUAGUUGACGUGAUCAAGCCCUCAACGUUAGCUCAGCCAUCCGCCAACCUCACAAAGGCUGACUCCAGUACUUCAGGAACUCCCAGAAAGUCUAAAAACCUAUAUUCAACUCUAAUGUGUAUUAUCUUAAUUUGCUUGCUCACGGUUGCUUGAUAGGACAAGUCGUUAAAAUUAAAUAAUGGGCUGUGAUAAAAUAUGUAGAAUGUUCAUAAUACUUUUAACA